GUUUUGGAGGCAGCGGAAUCCGUUUCCGUGGUUGGCAGCAGCGGCCAGCAGCGGUCAGCUCGAUGGGAAUUCCAUCUCGCUAUCUCAGUGGAGAUAUCUCGGCUUAUCCAAUCCGGUGACCGUAGAAGUGCCCCGAGCAUGAUUUUGCGCUGGGCGAAGUCGCUAUAAGGCCCUCCUCCGAGCUGGGUCGUCCGUGCACAGUCGGCCCGGUAUCGCCACUUCAUCGCUUCACUCCAUUCUGUUGGAGAUCCUCCGUUCGGGAACGUGUGUGCAGACAUGGCAGGAGCUACCGCGAUGCACUCGACAGCCUUGGCUGGGCAGGGUGUGCUCAAGCCCGUGAACGAGCUGUCCCGCAAGGUGGGCAAUGUGGAGGCCCGCGUCACGAUGCGGCGGACCGUGAGCAAGUCCGCUGGCAGCGACAGCAUCUGGUACGGAGCUGACCGACCCAAGUUCUUGGGCCCCUUCUCCGGCGAGACUCCGUCGUACCUGACCGGCGAGUUCGCUGGAGACUACGGGUGGGACACCGCCGGACUGUCGUCCGACCCGGAGACGUUCGCCCGCAACAGGGAGCUGGAGGUGAUCCACGCCCGGUGGGCCAUGCUGGGGGCUUUGGGGUGCCUGACCCCGGAGCUGUUGGCGAAGAGCGGCGUGAAGUUCGGCGAGGCGGUGUGGUUCAAGGCCGGAGCGCAGAUUUUCAGCGAGGGCGGGUUGGACUACCUGGGCAACCCGAGCCUGGUGCACGCCCAGAGCAUUUUGGCGAUCUGGGCAUGCCAGGUGGUGCUGAUGGGAGCCGUGGAGGGCUACCGUGUUGCGGGAGGACCCCUGGGCGAGGUGACAGACCCCAUCUACCCGGGAGGGUCGUUCGACCCCUUGGGUUUGGCUGACGACCCCGACACCUUCGCGGAGCUGAAGGUGAAGGAGAUCAAGAACGGGCGAUUGGCGAUGUUCUCGAUGUUCGGGUUCUUCGUGCAGGCGAUCGUGACCGGAAAGGGGCCAUUGGAGAACUUGAACGACCACUUGGCCGACCCGGUGGCCAACAACGCAUGGGCGUACGCCACCAACUUCACCCCCGGGAACUAGGAUGGCGCGGUAGAGCCGAUUUAAUUUUCUGUGAGCUGCGAGAGUCUGUCACCUAGACGGAGCCACCAGUCGGGUUGGCGGCGUUCGCACAGUUGUACAUUGGGAGAGUGUGAAUGAGUAAAUUGUGGAUGUGUUAUUGUAA